AUGGGAACCGAUAGAAUCAGCAACCUGCCAGAUUGUUUGCUGACGCAUAUCCUCUCGUUCCGUCCGACCAAAAAGUCAGUAAGAACAAGUGUUUUGUCCAAGAGGUGGAGAUCACUCUGGCUCAAUGUCCCAGGACUCGACCUGCGUCGCAUUGAUUACCCUCCUUAUGGCCAAGUCCCUCAGGGCGCUCCGUGCUACAUCAACACUUACCUGAAUUUCCAUCACAACAACGGACGAAGAGUCCAAACGUUCAAGGUACAGUACGACGAAAACAGUGACUAUAGAGAAGAUUUUGUGGGAUGGAUCGAAACAGUGGUUGAGCGCGGAGUCCAGAAUCUAGAAGUCGAUUGUCUUCUGGAACGUUCUUGGCGAGAUUACAUGACUGAGAGGAUUUACAACAGCAACACGUUGGUGUCUUUGAAGCUUACAAACGUAGGGUUGCCGAGUUUGGAUCCCGCGGUUGCUGUUUCUCUACCUUGUCUCAAGACCAUGCACCUUGAGGACGUUUCGUACGAUGAUGAUGAUCCUCUGUUCAUGGAGAAACUCAUCUCAGGCUGUCCUGUUCUUGAAGAUUUUCUCUUGGUUUUGCCUUAUGACCAUCAUGAGGGCCACCCAAAUUGGUCGGCUCUGCGUGUGAGGUCUCAGACUCUUAAGAGCUUCGUUUUCUCGUGUGAUUCUCAAGACACUGAUACGGUUUAUACGGUUGAGAUUGAUGCUCCACAACUCAAGUAUAUGAACUUCAGUGAUUAUAAAUCUGAUGAGAUUGUGUUGAAGAAUCUGACUUCUCUUUCCAUGAUCGAGAUCGGUUAUGGCUUUCAAUCAAAGGAGAGAAGUGUUAUCCGUAAUUUUCUCAAGGGUAUCUCUAGUGUGAGACACAUGAUACUCUCUACGUCUACUCUACAUGACCUCUUUGAAUAUUUCAAUCUGGGACGGAUUCGCAAAUUUAAUAACUUGACUCGUUUGCAAGUUGGACUCCAUAAUGACAUGGUAAAACUAUUUCCAGCCUUUCUUGAGAGCUUCCCAAACCUGAAAAAUCUCAUAUUGGACCUUACUGCUGUUAAAAGCGAGACAAAGGAAAUCAAACUAAGUUCCCAGAGUAUGUUACUGAGUCUGGAGUGUGUUGAGAUCAAAUUAAAAGAGGUUACGGUGGUAGAGUCCGUGAAGACACUUGUGAGGUAUUUUCUUGAGAGUUCAGUAGUUCUCAAGAAACUCAUUCUGCAUUUCGAAGAUUCUUCAGAAGCAUACGGUGUUUCUUCUAGAGCAAAGAAAGCUAGAGAAAAGAAAGUUCGAGACAAGAAAGUUUCAGAUAUCGUCAACGAGCUUAGUACAUUCACUAAGCUUUCUCCACACUGUGAGAUCACCAUGAUUCAUUGA